AAAACAACCCGUCACGCAGCCGUUUAUCGGCAUGUCUCACCGCGAUGCGGGCAUGGCGGCUGCGGACCUGCCUUUGCCCACUCUGUUGGGCGACUGCCGAGCUGACGCCCAGGAGGUGAGCGGCAGCCCCAUCGAGGAUGGGAGAAUCGAUUUGGAGGUUGAUGGAAUACAGCCAGAGGUACUUCCGAACCUUCCGCUCACUUACAAGCUGCUGGAGACGCCAAAGGCAGCGAGGGAGUGGAUGAAGACCAUGCAGGUGUCCAGGCCAGAGGUUGUGCGCGCCACCUUCGCCUCCGUGCCACUGCAGAAGCUGGGCACGGCCUUGCGGACAGGCCCGUCUGGACGCAACUCUUAUCAUCUUAGUUUUUUGGCGACCUACUUCGAUGAAUUCUGGUCCCACUCCUGGCAAGGCAAUGCAUGGCAGAAGAUCCUCCUUUUGCUGAUCUUGCAGAACGGACUGCCAGCGAUUUUCACAGGCCACUGUGGCGCUUUGCUGGGCUUCGCAGUCGGCGCCUUCGAUCUUUGGUCAGGUCCGACAGACCUCCGGGUGCACUCGUGGGCGUUAGUGCUCGGAGCAGUCUUUAGCUUCCUUACGCUCACUUUGUGGCGUUCGCGGAAGAAGGUGUUUUUUGAUCAGAUCUGUAUUCACCAGCGCGACGACCUGUUGAAGUCUGAGGGUAUUCUGAAUAUGGGCGCGAUCUUGCGCAAGUCUUCCACCCUGCUGGUUCUGCUGGAUCCCACCUAUGUGGGGCGGUUGUGGUGCACUUUUGAGAUGGCGGCCUGGAUGAAGAGUCACGAGAACUCGCCGGGCCGCUUCAUCGUCAGGCCCAUCAUCAUGGGACCCAUCAGUGUGACGAUUUUCCUCUUUGUGCUUCUAGGAUAUGGAACGGCUGCUCUAUUGCCAGAUCAAGUGACCUCAUUGUGGUGGCCACUUUUCUUCCUGACGCUUCUGCUGACUGUGUUGACAGUCCACGUGCUGCGCGGCUACCAUCGGAGCUGCUGCCACGUGGCCGAGAAACUUCGGAGCUUCAAAGCGCAGGAGGCCAAGUGCCAUUGCUGCAGCGUGGGGCACAUGCUCGACGGACGCAGGUUGACGUGCGACCGAUCCCUGGUGUUCUCCUGCAUCCGUCACUGGUUUGGCAGCGUGUCGAACUUCGAUGCCUCUGUGCAGACGGCACUUCGCUGCAAUCUGCAGAAGCAGCUGGGGAAGUACGGCUUACCAUACUGGUGGGUCAUAGGCAUGUUGAGCCCCUGCCUUUGGGCGGAGCUGGACUUCAUCGCCAUGGACGUGAGGUCCGAAAGUUGGCAAAGUCUGAGAGCUCGAAUGAUGGGCCUUCUGGCAUGGUACUUUGGGAGCUAUCCCAACCUCUAUGUUUGUGUCUUCAUGUUGAGCUGGGUGCUACGGCAGAAGCGGGCCUGCUUCGUGGCGGACCUGUGCGUUUCCUUCGGCGGGGCGUUGCUCUUUAUGCUCCCAUGCGCCUUCACCUGGUACUCCUGGUCCGCUUGCAAGCCUUUCCACGAGGCUGGCUGCGCUGUGUUCCUGGCGGCAAUGGUUCUGCUGGCCUUGUUGAUCUGGUCGCCCUCGUGCACCGAAAGGGCCAAGCACUCGAAAGGGCCGACUGACUCGAUUGUCUAAGAUCCGGUCGGUUCUCAUAAAGUCGGGUGUGUCUUUUUUGAUAUCCCC